UCUGUUAGGCGUUGUUGUAAAUGUGGAGCUGAGUUUGUCCCUGCGGUGUUGCUGUAGUUUCCGCAGCAGCAGCAGCAGCGGCAGCAGCAGUUGGUUACCAUGGCGGCGUGCGGUUCCGACUCGGUGCACUACAUCCGUCUGCAGAACGCCAGCGAGUGCGUCCUGGAGUCGCUGCGCUCCCAGCGGCGUGACGGCGUGUUCUGCGACGUGACCGUGCGGAUCCAGGACGCGUCCCUGCGCGCCCACGCCUGCGUGCUGGCGGCCGGGAGCCCGUUCUUCCAGGACAAGCUGCUGCUGGGUCACUCCGAGAUCAGCGUGCCGCCGCUGGUGCCCGCCGACGCCGUGCUGCAGCUGGUGGACUUCCUGUACAGCGGCUCCAUGGUGCUGCUGCGCUCGCAGGCCCUGCGCAUGCUCACGGCCGCCAGCAUCCUGCAGAUCAAGAGCGUCAUCGACGAGUGCACGCAGAUCAUCUCCGCCUCCGCCAACCACAAACGCAACGCCGCCGCCAGGGGGAGCGGGGCCGCCGUCAAGGCGCGGGGCACGGAGGAGGGCGUGGCCGUGGGCGGGGCCAUGCCGGGGUUCGGCUACACCAUGGAGGAGUGCGGCGAGGUGACGGCCGAAAACACGGAGCAGAGCGGCUCGCAUUUCAUCUCACAGACGGGGGCGGGGCAGGGCGAGGCGGGCUCUCUGGAAGCGGGCGGAGUCAACAGAAUGCUGCCCCUGAGUGAGCUGAUGUGCAGGGGGGAGGGGCUGGGCGCGGCGGGGGGCGGAGCCUCUCUGAAAGCCGUCGGCUGUACCCAGGACAUGCAGAGCUACAUGCUGAACCAGAACCCCGAGAGAACCGCCGGCCCCGCCCAGAACCAGAACCGGCCCGAACCGGUCCACGCUCCCAUCAACAACCCCGCCGGCAUGGCCAGGGGGGGCGGUUCCGGGUUCGUGGGCGUGGCCGAGGAGCUGCCGGUCGCCAUGGAGAGGUUCGGCGAGGGGGAGGAGCUGGACGAGAGAGGAAGAGACGGCGAGAGAGGGGACAGGGGGGCGGGGCAUAGCCGAAAACAGAGGCAACCGCUACGGCUACAGGUGAUGGGACCGGAGCAGGUGGUGGUGAAGGACGAGGGGGUUCAGGAGGGAGAAAAUCUGUUCGAGAUGAACGAGCGGCAGGACGCGACACACCCACAAACCUACGGACAGGCGGGGUUCUAUGAGGAAGCGAGCGUGUACGCCGGAGGGUUCUGGCCCCAGACCGACGCAUCCCAGGCUUUGGUUUCGAAUCCCCGUUCCCGUAGCAACAAGCCCAUGACUCCGCCUACCUCUUCACACAACAUUACCAACCAGAUGCUCUAUCAGUAUCCCGUCAGCGAAUCACAGCCUUCACCUUACUUUGUGGGCGGGGCCAUGGCAAUGGACAGCAUGCCAGAGACCUGUCAGCAGGCUCCUCCCCCAGCUCCGCUCACCCCGGCCCCGCCCCCUCCCGCCCCAGCAUGCAUCGCGGGGCCUAGUUUUUCGGCUCAGGGAUCCGAGACGUCGUUCGACUGCAGCCACUGCGGCAAAUCACUGCGAUCACGCAAGAACUACAGCAAGCACAUGUUCAUCCACUCGGGUCAGAAGCCUCACCAGUGCAGUAUCUGCUGGCGCUCCUUCUCGCUGCGUGAUUACCUCCUGAAGCACAUGGUGGUGCACACGGGGGUGCGGGCGUUCCAGUGCAGCGUGUGCAGUAAACGCUUCACUCAGAAGAGCUCGCUCAACGUCCACAUGCGUACCCACCGGGUGGAGCGCUCCUUCUCCUGCGCCGUCUGCAACCGCGCCUUCACCCACCGCACCCUGCUGGAGCGCCACGCCCUGCAGCACCAGCACCCCGCCGUCGUCGAGGCGCCCGCCGAGCACGGGGCCGCCGCCGGGGGGGCGGGGGGUAACGGGCCGCCCGACACCUAG